AUGCGAGUCGAUAUCGAAGAAAACUGUAAAGUGCGCUUAGCUUUUAAGCUCGGACCCGUAUCUGACAGGACAACCGAACUUGGAAUGGAACAAUACUGGAUAGCACCCAUGCCUUCCCAAGAACGACGUUCGGAUGCCGCCAAAUACAUUCGAGAAGAAUGGAAAAUGCCAUCGUCAUAUUUCUAUGGAACAAACGAUGUUGGCUUUUCGGACGAUCCUGUCACAGGAAAUACAACCGAACCAGCCCUGGAUAUCCUUUAUCGAAAUGGAUCCUUUACUCCAAGCGGGUCUAUGCAAGAAGGCGGCCAAGAAGGAGGAUGUAUUUUUUAUUCAGAACCUUUUGGAGACCAUGCCUUUGAGAGAGCUUUAUUGAGUUAUGAUAUUGCAUUUCAAGAAAACUUUGACUGGGUCAAGGGCGGAAAAUUGCCUGGUUUAUUUGGUGGUGAAGGAAAUAAUCAAUGCUCCGGUGGUUCUGAUGCUAAUGGUGAAAACUGUUUUUCUCUGAGACCCAUGUGGCGUGCCAAAGGUGCUGGAGAGAUAUAUGCAUAUGUUCAGACAUCUCCUGAUUUUUGCAAUUCAAAAGACACAAUUCAAUGCGCUAACAACUAUGGUGUAUCAAUGUCAAGAGGAUCCAUCAAGUUUACUGCAAACAAAUGGUCCAAGCUUGAAAUCUAUUCACAAAUGAACAGUCCUGUCAAUGAGACAAAUGGUGUCCUCAAAGUGUGGCAAGAUGGAAAGGUCGUGAUGAACUAUGAGAAUAUCAACUAUCGUUCCGUCGAUUCACUCGCCCUGACAAGAAUCUAUUUCAACACAUUCUUUGGUGGAAACUCUGAAAAAUUCGCAGCAACCUCAGAUAGUCACAUCUACUUUAAGAAUCUAGAGUACAGUGUUGGAAAACGAGCAGUGGCCUAUGAACCAACCGUAGAAUCAAAAUCCUCAGUCGUUUCAAUCUCCUGGAUUGUCUUUGGUGUUUCUAUUGCACUUGGUUUAUUUUUAAUAUAG